AUGGCAAGCACACCUGCGCAAGGCACUGGCGCAUACCGCCAGUACCUCCCCGAUCUGAGCCAGCCGCGGUUCACGACGAUGAAGAAUCAGGAUGCCCACGAGUACGCCCACGACUUCAAGACCAAGCACGUGCCGCCGUGGCUGUAUGCGCUGUACGAGCACUGGCGCGAUCUGUAUGAAGAACCGUUCCAGGGCAUCACCACGGAUGGCCACGUCCGUCCCGGUCUCUUCACUCUCCAAGACGAAGAAAUCCCCAUCGACACCAUCGUCGACGCAGCAAAACACCUGCUGGGCAUCCUGAACGAGGACCAGCGCAAAGCGCUGUGCUACCACAUCGACUCGCCCGAAUGGCGGACCUGGUCCAACCCCGAAUUCCUGCUCAGCCACAAGGGACUCCGGCUCGACGAGGUCGACACCCCCAUCCGUGACGCCAUCAUGAAAAUCCUCCAGGCCACUCUCUCCCCCGAAGGCUACGACAAGGCCGUCAAGGCGAUGCGCAUCAACCACUUCCUCGGCGAGCUGGUCGAGGCGCCCAAGGUGAUGAACGAGUUCUCGUACAACUUCGUGCUCUUCGGACGGCCGUCAACGACGCGGCCCUGGGGGUGGUCCUUCUACGGCCACCAUCUCUGUCUGAACGUCUUCCUGUACCAGCGCCAGAUCGUCGUCUCGCCGUGGUUCACCGGCGCGGAGCCCAACGAGAUCGAUGCCGGCCCUUACACCGGCACGCGCAUCCUCCAGGUAGAGGAGGCCCUGGGCCUGAAGCUGAUGCAGUCGCUGCCGGCGGACGUGCAGAAGAAAGCACGCACCUACGAGCAGAUGGUCGACCCGGCCAUGCCACCGGGGCGCUGGAACCGGGACGACCAGCGACACCUGUGCGGCGCAUACCGCGACAACCGGAUAGUGCCAUACGAGGGGGUCGUGGUAGCCGAGUUCAGCGAGGAGCAGAAGCAGCUAGUCUACGGCAUCUUGGAGCAGUUCCUGCUGUACCUGCCCAAGAAGGCGCGCGACAUGAAGCUGGCGCACAUCCGGCAGUACGAGAGCGAGACGUACUUCUCGUGGAUCGGCGGCUUCUCCGACGACGACCCGUUCUACUACCGGCUUCAGAGCCCCGUCAUCCUCGUCGAGUUCGACCACCAUUCCGGCGUGUUCCUGACGAAUAGCGAGCCGAAGAAGUUCCACAUCCACACGUUGCUGCGUACGCCGAAUGCGGGUGAUUAUGGCUAUGCGUUAAGGCCGUUGAUUCCGCCGGUGGAGAGCACGGUUGGGAAACAUAUUACGUGGUAG